GCCCCGUCCCGCCCCAUCCCGACCGUCGGAGAAUCGAAACUAUCGGUGCGCCACCGCCUCCCACCGCGAAGCCCCUGCCUGUCCUCGCCGCACAGCCGCUAUGAUGGAGCGGAGCCGGGCGCCCGGAGCGCCGCUGCCACCCUACGAGCCGCUGUCCGAGGGGCUGGAUAUGGAGGGUCUGCCGCGGAGCACGGUGGUGAUGGUGGAGCCCUCGCCGGUGCCCCCACCCCGCGACCACUUCGCCUGGUCCCUCUGCACGAUGCUCUACGGGAACAUCUGCUGCCUGGGCUUCAUGGCCCUCGUCUUCUCCGUGAAGUCCAGGGACCGCAAAGUCCUCAGAGACUACAGCGGAGCCCUCAGCUACGGCACCACCUCCAAGUACCUGAACAUCACUGCCCUGCUGCUCAACAUCUUCUUCGUCAUCCUCCUCAUCGUCCUGAUCGCCAGCGGCACCAUCGUGGUGGCCGGUUUCAUCAACCAGGAGCAGCGCCUCUUCGAUGGCGCCGCUUAGCCCUUCCCCCCUCCGCCUGCCGCCAGCCCCCUCCGCCCUCAGGGCAGG